UACUGCCCUGACUUUCCACUUGGAGAAUGCGCCCAGUCCUUGGAGAAGAUGAGGGUUGAACUCCUUUCAGAUUGCAAGAAGCGUAAUAACAGAGAGAUAGUUAGGGCUAAAAUGGAGAGAACAUUUGCAUUGAGAAGACAAGAAGUCAUUAGUGAUGUUCCCAUGACCAGUGAUGUACAAGAGAGAUGGCCAGCUCUCUUUGAUGUAAUGGAGGUUAACGCAGAGUUCAAGCGGAUUACAACUAUGCCUCUACAGUCAAGGUUCCUGUCACAGCUUGACCUACACUCCGCAAGUCUGCUGAGGGUGUUCUCGAAACAAUCGGGGCAGCAGGGCAAGAAGUUAAAAGACAUGGCUGCCAUGAUGACAGAAGACAUCGAUGCUGGCAGGGAGUGCCUCAUUAAAGGACUCUGCAUCUACCUCAACGAGGAUCCUGAGGAUCUGGUGAAGGAGUACAUGGACAUGACUGAGGCCAACACACUACGUGAGGUAGAAGGAACAACAGUGGGGAUCUAUGUUGCCAGAGAGACUCCCAGCAAUGACUAUUCUGAUGUGGGAGUAAUCCUCGAGGGUGUGGUGGUGCUUCACGAUCUGGAGAGUGUGGCUCUUGCAGCUGCAAUGCUGUUUGGACUCAUGUAUGCCCUAAACAUGAAUUACCCGUUGAAGCUCCGCUACACCUUAGAAGUUCUUCAAAAGGUUAUAAUGGAGUUGGAUGCAUCUGACCUUUCAAGAAAGGCCCAAAACUUGAAAAGGAAAAUGCACGAGUGAAGAGAGCUCACUGUCCAUGUUCACGGCUCACUGUUCCUACACUGUUCCUGUAGUUGACUUAGAUGCAGGUUUAGAGCUACAACGUUAAGGGAUGUUCGCCAGCACAUAUACUAAGAGACAGACCCAGGGUUAUGGUGCCUCGAA